AUGGCAGCCGGCGCGGGCAAGCCACUGAGGCCGCCCCGCCUCUUAAUCGUACAGGCCUGGGCUCAUGCGGACGGGGGCCGGUGGCACUGCCAACUUCACUUGCAGCUGGUGCGGGCUGGGGCCUUGGGAGUUGAUGUCGCGGCGCCGCUCCAGAAGCUGGCCCCGAAUGUCGUCAGUUGGUCCUGCAUCGUCUUUGGCGUGAAACGGGAAGUGGCGACGGAGGGGCGUUACGUGGCGUGGGAAGAGGACCUUUCCUCAACCGAUCUCAUCAGAUUUUCUAUCGUGUUGGACUUCCCCUCGCGCACAAUCACGUAUAUUGCAGACCGCGGUGGAAGAUGCUGGUCAGCUGCUCUUUCACAUGAAGGUCCUGUCUAUCCUGUCAUUGCAGCCUCCGGACCUCACUUCUUCUCCAUCGAGUACGGCUGCCACGUUUGA